GGGGUGGGGCGGGGGCAGAGAAGCGAGCUGGAGCAAAGGGACUCGGCAGGACACCGGUUUGCCCUGUGAGGAAGGCAGCGAUGUGAGCUGGACAGCAGCCACAGAAGAGUCUCAACAUCUACGGAGAGCCGCCAGCUGUACUAGGAUUUCAGCUUGCCUUGAAUGGGAAGCAAUGAGUUUCCAAUAACCUGUGGUGCGGCUCGUUUCAUUUGGAGAAUACUCCACGCUGGUGCUCCCCAUCCUCCUUGACUUGCAGAACUCCUGCAAGCCCAUGUGGACUGCGGGUAGGAUGAGCAAUGCAAGGAGCUGGCUUGGACUUGGCACAUCCUUGUACGUCUGGGCGCUGAUGGGCCUUACAACCACCGUUCUCUGCAGCAGUCUGAUGCCAGGAGUCGAACUAGAAACUCUUUUCUCAGACAGGCCACAGUCACACCAGAGAAGCAAGAGGAGCUGGGUUUGGAAUCAGUUUUUCGUCUUGGAAGAGUAUACUGGGACUGACCCUUUGUAUGUCGGCAAGCUUCACUCAGACAUGGACAGGGGAGAUGGAUCUAUCAAAUACAUCCUUUCAGGAGAAGGAGCAGGUAUCGUGUUUACUAUCGAUGACACAACUGGAGACAUCCAUGCCAUUCAGAGGCUUGACCGCGAAGAAAGAGCCCAAUACACUCUAAGGGCCCAAGCCCUUGACAGGCGGACAGGCCGGCCAAUGGAGCCAGAAUCAGAGUUCAUUAUCAAAAUCCAAGAUAUCAAUGACAAUGAGCCCAAGUUCCUGGAUGGGCCUUAUGUUGCCACUGUGCCCGAAAUGUCACCAGUAGGUACCUCUGUUAUCCAAGUGACAGCCACAGAUGCGGAUGACCCAACCUAUGGCAACAGUGCCCGGGUAGUGUACAGCAUACUCCAGGGCCAGCCAUAUUUUUCUGUGGACUCCAAAACAGGUGUAAUCAGAACAGCACUCAUGAACAUGGACAGAGAAGCCAAAGAAUGCUAUGAAGUGAUUAUCCAAGCCAAGGAUAUGGGAGGGCAGCUUGGAGGGCUAGCUGGGACCACAACAGUCAACAUCACUCUCUCAGAUGUCAAUGAUAACCCUCCCCGAUUUCCCCAGAAACAUUAUCAGAUGAGUGUGCUAGAAUCUGCUCCAAUUAGCUCUACAGUGGGGAGAGUGUUUGCCAAGGACUUGGAUGAAGGAAUCAAUGCAGAGAUGAAGUACACCAUUGUGGAUGGAGAUGGGGCAGAGGCUUUUGAUAUUAAUACGGACCCAAAUUUCCAAGUUGGCAUCAUAACUGUGAAGAAGCCCCUGAGUUUUGAAAGCAAGAAAAGCUAUACCCUGAAGGUGGAAGGAGCCAAUUCUCAUUUGGAGAUGCGAUUUCUGAACCUUGGCCCAUUUCAGGACACAACGACAGUGCACAUCAGCGUGGAGGAUGUGGAUGAGCCCCCUGUGUUUGCACCUGGAUUUUAUUUUGUGGAGGUGCCUGAGGAUGUGACAAUUGGAACAACCAUACAGAUCAUUUCAGCGAAAGACCCAGAUGUGACCAACAAUUCAAUCAGAUACUCCAUUGACAGAAGCAGCGAUCCCGGGAGAUUUUUCUAUGUUGACAUUACUACAGGUGCUCUAAUGACUGCAAGACCACUAGAUAGAGAAGAGUUUUCUUGGCAUAAUAUAACUGUCCUUGCUAUGGAAAUGAACAAUCCCUCUCAAGUGGGAAGUGUGACCGUCACAAUCAAAGUCUUAGAUGUGAAUGACAAUGCUCCAGAGUUUCCCAGAUUCUAUGAAUCUUUUAUCUGUGAGAAUGCCAAAGCUGGACAGCUGAUCCAGACAGUGAGUGCCGUGGAUCAAGAUGACCCUCACAAUGGUCAGCAUUUCUACUACAGUUUGGCUCCUGAGGCUGCUAACAACCCCAACUUCACUGUCAGGGACAACCAAGAUAACACUGCUCGGAUUCUAACCAGGAGGUCUGGCUUCCGACAGCAGGAGCAGAGCGUCUUCUAUCUUCCCGUCCUCAUCGCAGACAGUGGGCAGCCAGUACUCAGCAGUACUGCCACACUCACCAUCCAAGUGUGCACUUGCAAUGAGGACGGCGAUGUCAUGUCCUGCAGCCCUGAGGCCUACAUGCUCCCAGUCAGUUUGAGCCGGGGUGCCCUCAUCGCCAUCCUGGCCUGCAUCUUUGUCCUCUUAGUGUUGGUGCUCCUCAUCCUGUCCAUGAGGAGGCACCGGAAACAGCCCUACAUCAUCGACGACGACGAGAACAUCCACGAGAACAUCGUGCGCUACGACGAUGAGGGGGGAGGUGAAGAGGACACAGAGGCCUUCGACAUCGCGGCCAUGUGGAACCCGCGCGAGGCCCAGGCAGGGGCCACCAAGACGCGGCAGGACAUGCUCCCCGAGAUCGAGAGCCUCUCGCGCUACGUGCCUCAGACGUGCGAGGUCAGCAGCACGGUGCACAGCUACGUGCUGGCUAAGCUCUACGAGGCUGACAUGGACCUGUGGGCCCCGCCCUUCGACUCCCUGCAGACCUACAUGUUUGAGGGGGAGGGCUCCGUGGCCGGCUCACUCAGUUCCCUGCAGUCAGCCACCUCGGACUCAGAGCAGAAUUUCGACUUCCUCACGGACUGGGGGCCCCGCUUCCGGAAACUCGCAGAACUCUACGGGGCGUCGGAGGGGCCUGCUCCCUUAUGGUGACAGAAGCCAAGAGACUAACUGUGCAUCCAAAUUCAGACGU